AUGUAAUAUAAACUAGUAGUGAUUAAGGUCGCACACAAAAUAGAUGUGAAAUAAAAAUAAACAAAUUGACUGUUAGAAAUAAAAUUUAUGUGACGUUGGAAAAUUUUGGACGAUUUUGGCAAAAUGAGCUCUAUACAAAAUCCUUUACUAAAUAUCACUCCAGAUAUAGUGAAUAGUAUAAGAAAGAUUUAUAAUCUGGAUGAUCCGAAAAGGUUGAAUGAAGCCAUUAAAAUUCUAGAACAUUGGAUACAGAAGCAACCUCAUAUAGUCAAGAAGGAUUUUGAUAAGCGGUUUUUAGAAACAGCUCUCAUAACAUGCAAGGGGUCUGUGGAAAAGGCGAAGAAACAAAUCGAUACUUUAUGUACUAUGAAAACUAUGGUACCCAAGUUCUUUGUACCGUACAAUUUGAAGACUGAAUUGCCAACAGCUUUGGAAAAAGUAUGGCAUAUCCCGCUUCCAAAAUUGACAGAAGAUUACUGCAGAAUAGUUUGGAUCAAAUCAUUCUCCAACGAUUUCACUCCUGAUGACUUGUUGCAGUUUUUCCAAUACUCUAUUAUUCUUUCUGAAUACAUUCGAGCUCAUGACUACGUCAAUGGUUUCGUGAUAAUAGUUGACUAUCGCGAUUGGAACAUGUUCAAAUUGAUUACAAGAAUGACUACUCCUGACGUUCAGCCGUUUAUCAACGUUUUAAUUAAAGGCUACGGUGGACGAUUGAAAAGUUUGCAUAUAAUAACUGAAUCGAAAGCAGUGGAACUUCUUGUGGCGACUGUCAGGCAAAUGAUAAGUGAGAAGCUUGGUAACAGAAUACAAGUACACAAGACAAUAGAAGAUCUACACGAGGUAGUGAAUAAAGAUCUUCUUCCAGAAGAGUUUGGAGGAAAACAGAAGUCUUGUGAGAAGAUACAGGCUGAAUUAGUGGAUGAAUUGUCUUCUGAGAAACACAUAGAGUAUUUGAAGGUAAUGUCCAAAGCCUGCACGGAUGAGACCAAACGUAACACGGGAAAGUUCAACGAAGAAUACAUGGGCAUGCCUGGGUCAUUCAGGAAUUUAACUGUCGACUAAUUGUAUUGGAAAUAUUCACUAUUUACUAUUGUUAUUAGAUUCUAUUUGUAUAUUUUCUAUUUAAUAAAUAUAAGAAGACAUU